AUGAGCUCUCAUGACUCGGAAUGGAGUACCGCUGGAGUACGUCAUGGUUUUGAAGCCCGGAGACUGAAGUCAUUCCUUGGUGUGGACAUAGCUGUAUCCCGGAUCGAGCUUGCAAAGGCUGGGUUCUACGCAACAGGAGAUGGUGAUGAGACUAGAUGCUUCAGCUGUGGCGUGAGGUACAAGAACUGGAGACAGGGAGAAAGGCCUGACAAUGUUAUUCAUAAGCAUAACUGUCGACAUAGCCAUGGUUUACAUCGAGGAAAUGUGCCCUUUACCGAAGACCCACUACCUUUAAGUACUGACAUUACUUCGUCACGCCUGUGGUACCCAACAUCGGAUUACGAUCUCCAUGAUCCACAACCAGAGAUCCAUUCACCAUACCUACCUCCUCGUCCAGGGUCUCUAAUUUCCUCAGUUCCCGGAACUGAUUACCACACACCCGAUUACAACCAAGGAUCUGAUAGACUCGCAUCGUUCAGAGGGUGGCCAAGGGAGAGGGGACCGACUCCGCGUCAACUUGCUGCAGCUGGUUUUUACUAUACAGGUUUCCUUGACAAGGUCCGAUGCUUCUGCUGUGGAGUUAGGCUGAGGGAAUGGGAUGAAGAAGACGACCCGUGGAGGGAGCAUGCUCGCUAUAGCCCAAACUGCCGUUUUUUGACAGAAAGAUGUCCUACAGAUACUACACCACAGGUUACUGGAUCAGGUUCCAGCGAGAUUCAUCCUCAAAGAGCAGCUAUGAAGCGCAAAAAUGAAUCCCAGGAUAACAGACAGUGGAAUCGGUGCAUACUAUGUCUGGAUCACCCUGCCAACAUAGUAUUCCUCCCAUGUGGGCAUCUGGUAGUUUGUGUCAUGUGCAAACAAGUUAUACAACGUUGCCCAGUUUGCAGCAUCCGUAUCCGGGGAUGUGUUCGCAUCUAUCCAAUGAGUCAUCAAAGUUCAAGACACCCGUCCUCGGAUCAAAGUUCAAGACACCCGUCCUCGGAUUUCACUCUUCGUGAUCCGUCGCCAGAGAUCCCUCCGACAUCCAUAAUACCUCCAGAUCACCGUCCUACAUCUAUAAUGUCGUCAGCUUCUAAACCAGAGACUGGAACGAAUUACUACGCACCUGAUUACCACCUUGAAACUGAUAGACUGUCGUCGUUCCAAGGCUGGCCGAGCGAGAGGACUCCGACACCGCAGCAACUUGCUAUUGCUGGUUUUUACUAUACAGGUUUCCUGGACAAGGUCCGAUGCUUUUGCUGUGGAGUUAGGCUGAGGAAAUUGGAUGAAGAAGACGAUCCGUGGCGGGAACAUACUCGCUUUAGCCCAAACUGCCGUUUUUUGGCAGAAAGAUCUCCUGCAGAUACUACACCACAGGAAACAACGAUGAGGAUAAAAAGUCAUACACUUAUGUAUAUUUAUAUCCGAUGCCUUUAUGUAAUACCACCAAAAAGCAAAUAUGUUUUUGAGUUGAAGUAUGGAAAUAUUAUCACCAAAAAAGUCGGUGGUGGACACUUGCCCGACAUUGUUGUUAAUAUCACCUGUUUUGAUAAGCUCUCAAGUUAUUUUACAAAAUCACAUAAAAAUAUGGCGUUUCCGAUGUUUUAUAUGCCGGAGCUAAGAGCGUUCCAGCACAUUAGUAUCGUGGUAUAUACAAACCCAUCGAUAUCACUAAAUGGGAAUUUUGAAGCUCUGGUUGCUAGACGUGGCGCCACCCUGCAGGAAAUCAUGGUUUAUGAAGCUCUUAGAUUGAAAUCCUUCCUUGGAGUAGACACAGCAACUGUAUCCACUAUACAUCUGGCGGCAGCAGGGUUCUAUGCAACAGAGCGUUCAGGAGAGAUCAGGUGCUUCAGCUGUGGCAUCCGCCAAAGGAUAGGACCACAGGCCCCAGAACGUCACCAAACUGAUUGUCGACACAGAAAUGGGUUACCUUGUGGAAAUAUCACCUUUGCUGAUUGUCCCUUGGCUUCUGAGUGGAAUAUUAUUCGAAACCUUCCCAGAUACCCGACCACAGAUAUCGAUCUUCAUCAACCACAGAUGCGACCAACCGCAAGGCAACUACCUGGAAACGUCGCUAACAAUGCAUAUGAACCCCGUCAGGCUAACCACGCAGUGCCUGAUUACCCUAUAGAAGCUAGUCCGGCAGCGCUCGGAGUAAGGUUGAGAGAGGGACGCCAGGCUCCGCAAAAGACCCCUGGAGAAGAUCCUAAACGAGAAGGCUCCCCCGGCUUCGUUGGGCCCCGCGAGUUGGAUGAAGAUCAAGGCAGAUUGUUUAGAGAUAUUAACAGGGGAUAUAAUUUCCCCGUCGGCGACAGAUCUGGCACUUUCACCUCCUUACAGGUGACGCAGCUGGGUAACACCCCAGAGGCUUUCGGCAAUGCUUUUAGUGGACAUGGACUGGAACACCCGCAGUUUAUGGAAUCGAGCUUGUGCAGGAUCUGUCGGGAGAACCCCCGCAGUAUCCACUUCCACCCCUGCGGUCAUCUAGUGGCCGGUACCUUCAGAACACCUUCAGAACGUUGCCCAGUUUGCAGGCAACAUUUGGCAUAAUUUCAUAGUGUUAUUUAGAUUGAGCUGAUUUGCUGAAAUUAUUUUUUAUUCAAAUAUAUAUGUUCGAUCAAAUUAUUUUCUCGGUUAUUUGGCAAUGAAAGUUUACCUUUCAAAAUACAGUUUUAUCGAAUGUGAUCAUUCACACGUAUACGUUCGAUGAAUUCUAUUUUCUCGGUAAAUUGGCCAUAAAAAACUACCUUUCACAAAUCUAAUUCCAACAUCCAUCAGACAACCAUCAUUAUGAUACAGUGAAUAUUCUUUUCGAAUAUUACUACUUACGUGAACACGUUCGAUGAAAUGUAUUUUCUUGGUUUAUAAGCCAUAAAAAUUUACCUUUCAAAAAUCCACUUUCAAUAUCCGUCAUAAAAUCAUCAUUAUGAUAUAGUGAAUAGUUUUAUCGAAAAUUAUUAUUCACAUGUAUGCAUACGUUCGAGGAAAUAUAUUUUCUCGGUUAAUUGGCCAUAAACAAAUUACCUUUGUAAAUCCACAUUAAUGAUACAGUGAAUAGUUUUAUCGAAUAUUACUGUUCACAUGUAUACGUUCGAUGAACUAAUUUUCUCGGUUUAUUGGCCCAAAAAUGUACCCUUCAAAAAUUCCAAUUUCAAUAUCCUUCAGACAAUCAUCAUUAUGAUACAGUGAAUAGUUUUAUUUAAUAUUACUAUUCACAUGUAUACUUUCGAUGAAAUGUAUUUUCUCAGUUGAUUGGCCAUACAAAAUUACCUUUCAAAAAUCUUAUUUAAAUAACCUUUACAAAAACACCAUUAGUGAUACUGUGAAUAGUUUUAUUUAACAUUUCUAUUCACAUGUAUACUUUCGAUGAAAUGUAUUUUCUCAGUUGAUUGGCCAUACAAAAUUACCUUUCAAAAAUCUUAUUUAAAUAACCUUUACAAAAACACCAUUAGUGAAACUGUGAAUAGUUUUAUUUAACAUUACUAUUCACAUGUAUACUUUCGAUGAAAUGUAUUUUCUCAGUUGAUUGGCCAUACAAAAUUACCUUUCAAAAAUCUUAUUUAAAUAACCUUUACAAAAACACCAUUAGUGAUACUGUGAAUAGUUUUAUUUAACAUCACUAUUCACAUGUAUACUUUCGAUGAAAUGUAUUUUCUCAGUUGAUUGGCCAUACAAAAUUACCUUUCAAAAAUCUUAUUUAAAUAACCUUUACAAAAACACCAUUAGUGAUACUGUGAAUAGCUUUAUUUAACAUUACUAUUCACAUGUAUACUUUCGAUGAAAUGUAUUUUCUCAGUUGAUUGGCCAUACAAAAUUACCUUUCAAAAAUCUUAUUAAAUAUCCUUUACAAAAACAGCAAAAAUGAUACAGUAAAUAAUUUUAUUUAAUAUUACUAUUCACAUGUAUACUUUCAAUGAAAAGUAUUUUCUCAGUUGAUUGGCCAUACAAAAUUACCUUUCAAAAAUCUUAUUUAAAUAUCCUUUACAAAAACACCAAUAUUGAUACAGUGAAUAGUUUUGUUUAAUAUUACUAUUCACAUGUAUACUUUCGAUGAAAUGUAUUUUCAAAAAUGGUCACCAAACAGGAACAACGUCCGACCUCCAAACGUCUCCACAGCAGUUCUUUUUACAGGUCGACAUGUUUGGUAUUUUUUACAAAAAAUAUAUGCAUCAUUUAGGCUCCUCAAAAGCAAAACACUCUAUUCUUUGACGUGCUGUGGUCACUACAUCACCCCAUGACUAAUAAACUAUAGUAAUUUGAAAAAAUACUGUUUUUAACAUCUUUUGAGAUGGCAUACACAUAAUAAUUAUAUUAUUGAAAGUUGACAAUACUCCUUAAGAAGUGAGCUAACUAUUCGUCAUCUGAGUCUGUUGUGAGUUUGUGCUUAAAAUAUAUAUACCCGAAAUACCAGGUGUGUAAUGAGCAGUACCUGUCACUAGGAUUUCACUCCAGUGUGCGCUAGUGACGUUUGAGGCGGCAUCACAUCAGAUACAUCGAUUUCCUUGUGUCUUUCGAAACUUUCGAAUUCAAUUUAACAACAAGGAGGUUGUAAUAAACUGACCAGCAAUAAAAACGUAAUUCAGAAUUCAUUAAAAUUAUACUUUUUCAGCAUGAGUUUGGAUUUAAUACUUUAACAAAAUUGUUUUGAUUUCUGAAAUUGUGUUUCUUUUACUGGUCAGUAUAUGUAUCUAGAUGAGUGUGACUUUUCCCCUUUUAACACAGCGAAGAUUACAGGGUGGUACGGGCUCAACCAUGAUUUGAACAUUUUAGCUUGUUCGAAGAGGCGUCUAAGGAGAUCAGACUGUCAUUGUAUUCAAACUGUAUAGAUCGAUGAUCACGAUUUCAAUCACAAGUCUGUCUAGCCAAGACUCAAAUAUUUACUGACCCCCUCCAUAUGGCUGAAACAUACACAAAAUUUUCCUUUCAUCAUUUUCGUAGUACGGUGGGUAAAACUAGUAAUAACACUCCUGCAAUCUUCCGCCUUGAUAUUGCUGAAAGGGGCCUAACUUCACACUCGCUCAUUUACGUGAACAUGUCUGUAAUUAUAUCUACAUCUGGAAGUAAAUACCGCGAUCUUAUUUGUUUGCGGCUUUCAAAAUUGACUAGUACUAGUAGGACUAAGGGGUGUCUGUAUAUUCUCUGCUAUCUAAAUAUCAGUGAUACCCACAUACAUGUUUGUGCUGAUGUAUCAUCCAGAUUUGCUGUUUAGGGAAGUUUAGUUCCACUUUUAGUUUCAUAAGUAUCCACCACAGUAGUUAUCUCACUCGAUAAUGAGUGACUUUAUGUUGUGGAGUGUUGUCACAUGAAAGCAUUGACAUCUUCGACGUGAAACUGUACGCCUAUUGAGUGUUUGCAUGAUCCCAACAAUGAUAUCCCGACGUGGCAAAUGUAGCAACAUUUAUUUGUUUCAUUUUCUGUUUAGUUGAGUUUUUAAAUGCUCUUUUGUUCCUUUUCUUCAUUAUAUAAUACGCGUUAUUUAGAAUAAGAAAAGCAGAAACAUUGUCAGCAGUUGAAAGCUUCACCUCUUUUAGUCUAAUUUUCAUUAUCGUGUCGAGAAGAUGGGUUUCCUUUUAAUCUAAGGCACUGUGUUGCUUAGACCCAACAUCCGCAGAUUCAAUUUGUAGCUGUGGUCUGUCGAAGUUCUUUUCUUGAGUUUCCAUCCAACCAACAUUUAUAAUUUCCUGGCCAAUUCUUGUGAUCAUACUAUGCUGUGAUGUAACCGAAAUACUUUUGAGAUAGACAAUCGGAAAAUUAUCCCUGAACAUGAUUUUGGCUACCGAACUGGCAAACAGCGAAGGCCUCACUUGAAUCAGACACAACACAUUUUCCACCAUUUGUAUGUAGACGUGCGUCUUUUCUUAUCUUUAGUUAAACUUAUUUUUGUUCUUGCUUUUUCGCACAAUAGUCGCAGGUAUACCUGUAAAUCACAGCAUAUUAUUUUCAGAUUUCAGUGUAGGCCUAUUAAUAAUACAAGUCUAGAUCUAAUUCCAAGCUAUGCUAAUUACUAUAUGUUGUACAUAAUAUAUUCAGUCCCAGCAUGUUUCUUAGCUGGUGAAAUUAAAUGUGUGUAUUUGUUCGUAUUAAAUUCUGUAUAUCUGAUAAUUACUAUGUAUUUUUAGAUUUAGAACAACUUUAAGACUUUUCGUUUUUUGCGUUUACCUUUUUACCUUUAGUGUGUAAAAUAUAUAGAUGUAAUUCUUAAUUUUUUUUCGCUAAUCUGCUUGAUGAUGAUGACCCAGAUAACCUUGUUUUGUUUGGAAGUAAAAAAUAUUACCUUUCCGUUUUGGGGCAACGUGCAUACGCACGUGAGUACUACGUCUUAAAUAGCAUAGUAUUUGUUCCAGGAAACAAACACAUUUAAACUAAUUUUCUUAUCUCGAGAAAAAACGUAAAUUACAUUACAGUACUCACGUAUUUACCUAGGUAUAUCUGGUAUCUGGUGCAUAAUAUUUUUGGAAUUUGUCUUGCUUUUAUUCAUUAAUGCUUAAUAAUGAACAAUGUUUAUUCCGUUUCUGUAAUAUUGUUUGACUGUAUCUGUUACGGUAUUAAAUAAAAUAUUCUUAUACAAUUA